AUGUUGCGCCUGGUUGGCUUCCUUUUGAUCGCCCUGGCAGCCGGGAUCCGGUCAAAGAGCGAAACGCCCUGGCCGUGGGAAGAGCAUUCCGCGAGCUCGGCCGAGGAGCUUCAGGAACUCCUGAGAACGGUGCUAAGGACCGCUGAGGCCACCAGAGAAGAGCCCGAUGCCACACAAGAGCGGACGCUUCGAGAGCGUAUCGCCAGCAUCAGAGAGGGCUGGCAGAGCGCCGGUGCAACCGCUUGCCACCAGCAGCUGGGGAGGCUAAUGAACACUCUCACCCUUGCAUGCGAGCGCUUGCAGCCGAAAGCCGACUGGCUUCUCGACUACUACCCGGCCCUUCCAAACAAGACGUGCGCUGACAGCGUCAGCGACAUCUUCGCGUUAGGAGACGAAUUGGUGGAAACCCUCCGUGUCUCCAGAGAUGCUGUAGCUUCCGCGGAUGUGGCCGGCGAAAGGCUCCGUCGAUAUCAAGCGCUCUCCUUUCUGAGGAGCUGGCUCGUGGACCUGACCAAAACAAAGCAGCAUGCGCUGCUUUGGGCUGGCUUCUGGGACGGCGACCCCGAGAAGCGCACGACGCAGGCAACGCUCUCCAACUUUGCCAAGGCCAUUGAGCACGCGACCGUGCACCCGAACAGCUUCUUGGGCCGAGCCAUUGAAGCGAGCGAGAACCUCGACGCCUGCUACAAGGACACCCAGACCAGUGCGCUUGCAGGGAACAUGUGGUCCAUCGCAAGCAUGAGCUUCGUGCUCGGGAUGCGGGAAAGGGCACAGGGAACCGUCAUCGCACUGGUCAACAAGCAGAUCACAGGUGAGCGUAACUUGUCGCAGUCCGUGCUGUCCACGCAUGAAAUCCCAACGGUGGGGCUCGCAGCCUGGGGCCUCGGGUUCUGGUCUCCGAAAGUGAUGGUUGUGGACCUCAUGGGCACCUGUGACCGGACCAGCCCAGCGUUGCAGAAGCGGCUCCUCGCCCGCCUGCCCUUUUGGGCCAAGUCCAUGACCGACUGGAGCCCGGAAGCCUUCGCGACGAGGUCGCGGCUCCGGUGGCAGUGCAUCGACUGCUCGGGCACUUGCCGCCUGGAUGAGGCUUUGGCAGAGCACGUGGAGAAGCUGGUCAAGGCCAAGGAGGUGCAGGACGAGAAGGACCAAGAGCUCCGCCAGGCCGCGGGCACACAAUGCGCAGCCAUGGCAACCACUGACCUCAUGCGAAACCGGGAGGAGGAGGCCCUCACCGACAAGCUAAUACACUCGAGUUACAGAUUGGCAAAUGGACUCGACCUCGACACGAGGUUUCUCAAGCUUUUCGAGCAGAGGCAAGACCUGAAAGAUGAGAAGAACUACCUGUUGGGGCUGGCUUUUGAUUGGAGUUGGAGAGGAUCACGUUCCAGUCCAGAGCAACUUCUUCACCAGAAUGCGGAUCCGAGCUCUCCGGACCGGCUGGGUCACACAGCCCUCAUGUGUGCUGCCCAUAAAGGCGACCUGAAGGUGGUCGAGGCGUUGCUGAGGGCUGGAGCCCAGCUGGAGGCCCGCAGUGACCUUGGCGAAACAGCCCUCACACUCGCUGCAAUCAGAGGCCACGUGGACGUAGUCAGGUCGUUGGUGCUGGACGGAGCAGAGCCGGAGGCCUGCAACGCAAAUUGCCUCAUCGCUGUUGCAGAGCAGGGCCGCCCAAACCUGGACGUGCUCAAGGCGUUGUCGAAGGCCGGAGCGCUGGAAGCCCGAGAUAAAAGAGGGCGCACAGCCCUCAUCUCUGCUGCGAGGCAGGGGAGCCAUGCGCAUGUGGUCCGUUUUCUGGUGCGGGCCGGAGCCCAGCUGGAGGCCCGCGAUCAGGGUGGCGACACAGCCCUCAUGGCCGCUGCACGCUUCAACGAGUUGGAGGUGGCCGAGGUCUUGAUCAAAGCCGGAGCCCAGACGGGCCCGGCUCUCACUGUCGCAACAGAAUAUGGCCACCGGAGGCUUGUGGAGGCGUUGCUGACGGCCUGA